UCCGAUGGAGAUUCACCGGAAUCGGAAUGGCUCCAGCGACGGGUUCUCAUUUCCAAGCACCCCCGAAUCCCAGGAUCCCGACUUAGAGUUUGAGUUCGGGUGUGCAACCCCGGAUUCGCCCUCUGGCGAAUCCAACAAGAACUCGCCAGCUGAUCAUCUCUUCUUCAACGGCAGGCUCUUGCCGCAUUCUUUCCCAUGCAAAACCAUGACCAAUGCCGUCGUCCCACGCGCGGCGAGCAGAGCGAGCAGCGUGAGCAGCAGGGACUCAAUGUCGCUUACGUCGUCCAGGAGCAACAGCACGAAUAGCAGCCGGAGCAGCAGCUGCAGCAGCACGAGGAGGAGCUCUUCUGACAAUACCGAGAGAGCCAGAUCGCCAGUGUUGAUGUACCAAACCAGAAUUUCAUCCAACAACCCAAGCAAUAAUGCGAGAGAUCAGAGAAGAAGAACUAGUCAAUCUGUGGCUGCUCAAGUGUACGGGACGUCUCAUAGGUGGCAGUUCAUCGCGCCGGUGCCGCCUUUGAGUCGCGAGGGCUCUUGUUCUUCUUCUUCUUCUUCCUCGAGGAGGGGGAUGAGGAAAUUAUGCGAAGGUGUUGUGAGAGAAGAAGUGAAAAGGAUUAAGGAAAAGGAAAGGACUAAGACUGGUUUUGGAAAGAAAUUGAUACGUUCGUUCUUGUUGUCCUGCAUGCAGUGCCAUGCAAUGGAAGUCGAAACCUCUAGGAGAGAAGAUGUUUUCAGAGAGUUGUGACCAAGAUCAACCUCCAAAAUUGGUCCAUGGUGUUUCUUUCUUUUCUUCU